AUGCCUCCCAAUCUGAAGACUGUUGACAGAUUGACCAUCACCUUCCUCGUGGAUAACACAAUCGAAUGGCGAGAGCUUCAGCAACAUGUUAAUCAACCUGGCCAUGGUGUUUAUGACGAAGAGAAAAAGGUCCCCGUCCUCGACUUCGAUAACUUCUGUUGUGGGGCUCAUGGAUUCGCAGCUUUAAUCGAAACGUUCGUCGAGGGUGAGGAAACCUCCCAUCUCACUCUAUUCGACACCGGCCCCGAUUCGCAAUCCCUCGUGCGCAAUAUACGUGCAAUGCAAACGCCAACUGAGAAAAUUGAGCGCGUUAUUACCUCCCAUUGGCACAGCGAUCACACUGGUGGGCUGCUCUCCUUCCUCGAGCUCCGGCGGGCAAAGUUCCAGUCUGCGGGGCUGACUGGCUUGGCAUGCAUCGUCGACGUCCAUCCAAAUCGCCCAAUUUUGAGGGGUAUCGCGCCUGGGCCACACUAUGACAAGGUCCUGUGUGCUCUCCCGCCCGACCCUACUUUUGAAGAGAUUGAGCAGCUGGGUGGCGUCCUCGAAAAGCACGCUGAGGGGCAUGCGGUUUCAGGGGAUACUAUUUGGGUGAGUGGUGAAAUUCCGAGAGUCACAGAGUACGAAUCAGGCAUACUUGGCGGGAUGAGAUGGGUUUCGGGCAGUGGAUCUGGUGAAAGUGGAAAGUGGAUUUUCGACAGGUUGAUCAUGGACGAACGCUAUGCCGCCAUCGACGUUGCGGGAAAGGGGCUUGUUGUUUUUAGCUCUUGUUCUCAUGCAGGAAUUGUGAAUGUAGUCAAGGAUGCCAUCAACAUGUUUGCACGGCCGAUUUACAUGGUUAUUGGCGGCCUGCACCUUGCCGGUCCUGAAUUUGGUCCAAGAAUACCGGUGACGGUGGAAUUCUUAUCGAAGACGUUGCGACCGGCUCCUGCAUUCAUCUUACCCAUGCAUUGCUCAGGAUUCCAAGCGAAGGUAGCCCUUGAGAAUGCAUUUGGUGAGGGCUGUGUCCCGGCUGGAGCCGGCCACAAAGUCAAUAUCGUAGGCCACAGGGCCGAUGAAAUGCAUUUGGUCUCUCCCGUAUAUUGA